UUCCGCCAAGUUUAGAAAGCAAGAGUCUCUCAUUUAGGAACUUAUAUAACGAUAAAUUGGUACUAUUGGUUCAUAAUUUUGCAUUCAACGAUUGGUAUGACACGUUGCUGAGUUCGUGGUUCAGCUGAGUUCAGUUGGGUAAACGUCGAAGGUGAACGAACAUAACCAAAUGUCAAAGGCGACAAAUUACAGCGCACAAUUUUAAAUUAUUAAUUCGAUUCGAACAUAAAAGAAAACGCAUAUGAAAUGUAUCGUUCUCAAAUACGAUUUUAGGAGAGUUUACGAUGAAUCGACGAUGAAUUGCUAGAACUUUGACGAGUCAAUAUGGGAAGAGUGAAGGGAAGAGCCGAUUGAGAUAAAUAUUUUGUUUUUAAGGCGUGCCGAGACGUAUGUCGUGUCGAUUUAGAGUGACGUUUUCAUUCAACGCAGCGAGAUCGUAGGAUAAUCAUGCCACAGCAGCUAGCUCGGGAGAAACAUGUCAAAUACUUCCAAAGGUUACUACAAAUCAUGCCUAGCAGUCUGGCGGAAUUCGAUUCUACCAGACCGAUGAUUGCGUACUUCGCCCUGUCCGGUUUAGAUCUGUUAAAUUCGUUGGACGAGAUCGGGGAACAGGCCAAGUCCGAAGCGAUCGAUUGGAUAUACGGUCUCCAGGUCGAGGGAGCCGGUCCUCGUUCUGGUUUCCAAGCGUCUACAACGAUACCAAAGGAUGUCCCGGAGUAUCAGUGUGGUCAUUUAGCGAUGACCUACACAAGCUUGGUCACUCUUCUGAUCCUUGGCGAUGAUCUGAGUCGAGUGGAUAAAAAAUCUAUCAUUGAUGGAGUCCGUGCCUGUCAGAAUCCCGACGGAUCUUUCAUGGCCAUGGUGACGGGAUGCGAGAGCGACAUGAGAUUCCUCUACUGUGCCUCUUGCGUUUCCGCAAUUUUGGACGACUGGUCGGGCGUCGACAUCCCGCGGGCUAUCGACUACAUAUUACGAAGCAUUUCGUACGAUGGCGGUAUCGGACAGGGACCGGGUCUUGAAUCUCACGGAGGAUCAACUUUCUGCGCUGUGGCAAGUUUGUUUUUGAUGAGAAAACAUACUAAUAUAAUGGAUGUAUUGACGUGGAACCGUUUAGCACGGCUGAAGCGUUGGUGCCUUAUGAGACAGGACGGUGGAUUUAAUGGAAGGCCUGGGAAACCGUCUGACACGUGUUACAGUUUCUGGGUUGGCGCUACGCUUGAGCUUCUAGAAUUCCUCAACUUUUCAGACGCCGAACAAAAUAAAAUUUUUAUCCUCAAUACUCAGGAUACAGUCGUCGGAGGAUUGGCAAAGUUUGAUAAUACACGACCAGAUCCUUUACACACGUAUCUAGGUCUGUCUGGUUUAAGUCUCUUGGGACAACCUGGUCUGUGUUCGAUAAAUCCAGAACUCAAUAUCUCCCAACGAGCUUACGAGCAUCUACAACAGAUCCAUAAAAAAUGGCGGAACGAAUGAUUUCGGUGUAUAAAAAUUCGAGGGACUAGUGAUCAUAUCAAACGCACAGAAUUUAAAUAUAUCAGAUCAGACUUUGCAUUCGAUCAUAGAUCUCGUUUGUAUUUCAUCACAUUCUCUGCUCUAAAGUCCUCAUUUUAGAACGAAAAAGAAAGAGAGAAACGUCAAUUAACACUGCUACAAUAAUCACGAUAUUAGUAAUAUUUUAUUUUAUAUGGUUUUUGUUGAGCUUCUUGUUGAGCAAUGUGCUUGUUACAGAUGUAUGUAAAGUAUGUAUAUCAAAGUAUAGAUACUUACUAGAAGCAUUGCUAGUAAAAGAGUAUCAAUAAAAAUGACUUUUUAGA